AUGGGAAGGCUGGCUCAAGAGAGGGCUGCCAAUAUUGCCCAAGCUGCUGUUAAUGGAAAUCAAACCAAUCAGGGGCAGGCUCAAGUGGCUAUGAAUAGACAGAUGCACCAGCUGGUGGAGCAGUUCUUGAAGUUAAAGCCGCCAAAGUUCGAUGGAAAGGGUGACCCCGAGGCCGCGCCAUGUUGGGUGGAGGAACUGGAAAAGGCCUUUGAAGUCCUUGGGUGCAUCGAGGCCGAGAAGGUGACUUUAGCUGUGUACCAGUUGCAAGAGAAUGCCAGUGAUUGGUGGAAGGCCACCAGGGGGAGAGUGUUCCCUGAGGGUACCGCUCAGACUUGGGCUGUGUUCAUUGAGAAUUUCUACGGGAAAUACUUCUCUAAGAGUGCUAGAGAAAGGAAAUUAGCGGAGUUCAUGAGGCUUCACCAAGGACCGAUGAUGGUAGAUCAGUAUGAGGCGGAAUUUGCAAGGCUAUCAAAGUUCGCGCCAAGGAUGGUGGAGGACCCACUAGAUAAGGUCUGA